AUGGCUGAGGUUCUGGUGUCUGGAAAGAGAAAGGGUCAUGCCUUCACCAAUAAGUGUGCUUCCUUGGUUAACGAGCAACGUGCUCGUCUCUAUAUCUUGCGCCGCUGCGCCACCAUGCUCCUCUGCUGGUAUAUUCAUGGCGACGAGUAG